GUCCCGCCCCUUUUUCUUUGUUAUUUAAAGAAGCAAAAUGCCAACGCGGACCUCUGUUCUGAGAGCUGUUCUGUGGGAAGGAGGAUCGUUCUGCUGUCAGAGAGCUGCCAUCAGAAAUCGGCCAUGAUGCUGCUGAGUUCACUGGCGUACCUGUACUUCCUGGCUGCCGCUGCUCUUGCCGUCCCUGCUCAGGAGAAGCGGGUCCAUCACCAGGCCGGUCUGAGCGACCACGUCCACGACGACAGUCAGAACUACCAGUACGACCAUGAGGCCUUCCUGGGCAAAGAGGAAGCCAAAACAUUCGACCAGCUGACCCCCGAGGAGAGCAAAGACCGACUAGCGAAGAUCGUGGACCGGAUCGACACGGACAAGGACGGCUACGUCACCCACCCAGAGCUGCACCAGUGGAUCAAACACAGGCAGAGGAGGUACAUCGAAGAGAACGUCAACAAGCACUGGAAGGACUACGACCAGAACCGGGACGACAAGAUCGCCUGGGAGGAGUACAAGAACACCACCUACGGCUACUACCUGGGUGAGGAGUUCAGUGACGUUGAGGACAAAGACACGUAUAAGUCCAUGCUGGCCCGGGACGAGAGACGCUUCAAGGCGGCCGACAAAGAUCGUGACGGCAUCGCCACGCGCGAGGAGUUUACUGCCUUCCUGCAUCCUGAGGAGUUCGACUAUAUGAAGGACGUAGUGGUGCAGGAAACUAUGGAGGACAUCGAUAAGAACGGUGACGGAAAGAUCAACCUCCACGAGUAUAUUGGUGACAUGUACACACCGGAGGACGGCGAGUCGGAGCCUGACUGGGUCCAGACCGAGAGGAAACACUUUGGAGAAUUCAGAGACGUCAACAAGGACGGCUACCUGGAUGCUAACGAAGUGGCCCAGUGGGUUCUACCAGGAGAGGUGGACCAUGCUGACAACGAGGCCAAGCAUCUGAUCCACGAGACCGACACAAACAAGGACGAGAAAAUCACCAAGAAGGAAAUUCUGGCCAAUUGGAACAUGUUUGUGGGCAGCCAGGCGACCAAUUAUGGUGAAGAUUUAACAAAGAAACAUGACGAACUUUGAUGAAGUCUCUUUUGGACGUUUGGGGGUGGGGAAGUAGGGUGGGUUAGACUGGGUUCACUUAAGUCUCUAAAUUUUUGACUCGUUAUUAUGCUGCAGUCUUGGUUAAUCAUGCCCCUUUAUUCAUGUAUGGAAGGUUUGCAACUAGAGAUGCACUGAGGAAUCAGCAGAUAUGAGCAGUAACCUGGUGGUCACUCAAAAAUCCUGCUUUUUUUUUUUUUUUACCCUGAUCAGGGAUUGAACCUUGCUAAGCACUACCAGGUCUCAUUGAUGCUCUUUGUUGUGGAUGUACUUACUGAGAGAAGACUGGUUCUUAUGUUCCUUAUGUUUUAAAUUAUUGCCAACUUCAAGAAGGAGCCAGCAGUUUGAGCAGAUAACAGGAAGGCUGCACUAGUAAAGUGGUGUUUCAGCUCAUGUUGCAGAACAUGCUGGCUUUGGAAAUGUUGGCAAGCUUUUGGAAAUCUCUGUGAUCAGGUAAAGAUCUGCAUUCUCUAAAGAAAAGACACAGAUGGUUGUUUUUGGCAUGAGAUGCAAAAAGACACUAAAUGUGAAUUCUUUCUUCUUACAACCCUGUUUUCUAGGAACUGUUCUCUCAGGGUGACGUUGCCUUUGCAUGUUCUUAAUGACUGCUCAAGGCAGGAAAGCUAAACUCAAAAUCAUUCAUACCCUUGUCAGAACUCUCAGGGUCUUUUCUUCCUGAAAUGAGGAAAAUGACUCAAAUCCAGGAUGAGUGGAUGCUGCUGGUCAAUCUGCUGGGUUUCCUAGGAAACUGUUCAAAUAAAAAAAAUGAACUUGGCUGCAUUGUUUGACCAGAAUCAGAUUAGGAUAUCCACUUGAUUUGCCCCCACCCCCCAAAAAAGUCAAUUCAUUCCAAUCACACAGAUGGACUCAGAGUUCUUGAGGUGAUAUGUUGAGAAUUGGUGCCAUUGAAUUGAAUCAAUGUUAAUGUUAAAGGUGUUCCAGUUUGGGGAAAAAAUCUGACCUUUUUACAUCUUGAAAACUUUGAUCCUUCUCAAAAACUGUAAAAAUCCUCAUUUCCAUUAUAGCAGUCAGACCCAUCUUAUAAAAACUGAGCAGCUUUUUGCAUAUUUUCUCUGGUAUUUUGAUAAUUGUUGAAAGGCUUUAGAGUUGGACUGUUUACUGACCUUCACCUUCAUCUUUAACUCCCUUCAUAGAUUCUAUCAAUGCUGCCUCUCUGGCUGGGCCACUACAAAAUCUUAAUAUUACCCCCAAUCAGAUGAAACAUGUUAAUAAAAUCCCCAAAACAUUGUUCCUCCUGGAAGAAACCUUCUGCCAGGAGUAUGAAUAAUGAUGGUCUUAACUGUAUUCCUUCCUUGAACAACAGAUGAAAUCUAUCUCUGCAUUCUGAUUGGUGCAUCUCUUCUUGCAGCUUCCUGAUGCGUGCUACAGGAAACAGUCACAUACUGUGUAUGUCAGGAUGGUAACGCUGACAAACCUUUCUGGGCUUUUACACUUUUCUUUUUUUAUUCGCUUGGGUUAUCAGAUGCUCACACAACACACCGAGGUUGUAAUGUCAGGUUAGGCGAUUUGAGUGGAUUCUAAUAGGAAACAAUGUUCAGAAGAGAAGAAAUAAUUUCUAUUAAAAUGUGACUUUAACAAGUUUAGCCAUCAAAAGGGAAGAAAUUGGGGAGGGGGGGAAGAGGUCAAGGAUGGACUUUGUUACAGAAUUUUUAUAGUUUGACAAUUAAAGCCUUUUUGUACAAA